AUGUUGGCCAAAACACAUCUACUGGUUCGGUCAGGAGAAUGUGUCUGCUUUGAAGACCCCGUUUUUGCAGAGACCAUCUCAUCAGAUCAGUGCAACAGAUCAUGUUAUGAUGUCGGAGAUGAAGGAGCCAUUAAAUUUUUAGAAUGUGGAGGGCCAAAUGCAUAUACUUUAUAUACUUUAGAAGCCGAAAAAGUGAAAAGAGGGGGAUCAUGUCUUGCAGUAAGCUGUGGCGGUUCUGUGCAGGAGUUUUCAUAUUCUUCAAAUUGUUCCGAGUCAUACUUUGGAGCCUGUGUCUAUAAAGAGUAUCUAGGAUGUUUUCAAGACCAGCAAAAUCGAACUUUAUCUGGAAUCAGCCGUAGAGGAGACUUUACAUUGACUGUAGGAAGUUGUAGGAAGUUUUGUACAGACUACCAAUUUUAUGGAGUUGAGUUUGGUGGAGACUGCUUUUGCGGAAAUUUUUUUACAUCAUUUAUUAAAAAGCCUGAAAGAGAAUGUAAUAUAAAAUGUAGUGGGAACGAAAGUCAAAGUUGUGGUGGUGCCGACAGGAUCAACAUCUACAGUAAUCUAAACUACGAGACAGAGAUAAAAACAAACUGGACAUCAUCAAUGCAGAUUUGUAAAACACGGUAUCCCUCGUCGUACUUAAUUGGAAACGUCUCCUUGACUGACUCUACUUUGGCAUGUAAACAAUUACAAAGGAAACAGAGAGGUUUUACCUGGCUAAGCAUCGCAAAAGAAGUGUAUACUGGGUAUGAUCGAGGUGUUGCUGUUGAUAUCCAUGAAAACGAAACGUUUCAUCAGUGUCAGAAAUGUAACCAGACUACCUGUGAAUUUGUUAAUUGUUUUGAAAAGCUUGAUUAUCUAAUUUGUGAAAAGGGCUCAGGUUUUGAAAUACCUCAAAGGAGAGUGAAAAGUAAGCUGCUUAAUAUAGUUUCUGAUCUGUUUGUGCAACUAUGCUUUAAAGAUCUUCAAAGCAAAAAAAUGCUUGUUCAAUAUUUAUUACUUCCUUUCUGAAAAAUUAAUGUUUGGUAAAAGCACGGAUAUUGGUUGUUAACAAUGUACAAGCACAAAUAUUUGUUGUUAAAAAUGAUCAACUAAAUUAAAUCCUACGCGAAAUUUUAAAUGGGUUUACUUUCAAAACAACGAAAUUAAAUGCCCACGGAAAUACUCUUGAUGACAAAUCGACGAAAUUUUAUCCCCACGAAAAUUUGUGCUUCUACAGUUUUUAGUCUUCAAGAGUCCAUUUUGUAGAAUGAAAAUGAAAUACACGUGUAUGUGCUUUUUUGUUUUGGUUGUAAGGUAAUGGGAAUCGUUUUAUAAUAUCAAAGGGUUUUACCAAUUUUGGGUU